GUUGAAGUUGAGAGAGUAUAUAUAAUGACUGGACGACCAAAAAGCCCAUGAAAUGAAAACUGUUGAAGGUCUAUGAUGAUUUGAAAGCAAAGAGGAAAAUGACAUUUCAUAGGCUUGACUUGAAACUUCAUUCACAAAUUCACAUGCAUUGGUCUCCCUUAUUUACUACCUUAAGUCAGUACAACCCCAAUGUCCUUCAACCUCACAAGCAAAUGCAAUCCUCCCCAUUAACCUUAUCUUUGCCACCCUAUAAAUUUCACCCAUAUUUUGCCCACCGAGAUACCACACCUUGAGAAUUAAUUUGUUCCUCAAAAAAACAAAGGAAAAAAAAAAGCCAUAAUGCCUAGGAAUGGUACUAAAACAAAUGGCUACAAGAAAAAGAUGAAUCUCAAAGGUGUUGUAGAGAAGCUACAAAAGAGUCUUUCACUAGGGAAGAAACCAUCCUUUUCAUCUUCUUCUUCUUCAGCUUCAUCAGCAUGUCAUGAGUAUAUUGAUCACCAUCAUCGUGAUGAUGAUGAACUCGAAUUCGAAGAAGUUAACGAUUCGACGGAUGUCCCUGAUGAUGUCAAGGAAGGCCAUUUUGCUGUGAUCGCUUGUGAUGGCUAUGAGUUCAAGAGAUUUGUCGUCCCGUUGAGUUAUUUGACACAUCCAACGUUUUUGAGACUGUUGGAAAUGGCUGCUGAAGAAUAUGGGUUCGAUAGAGAAGGUGCUUUGAUGAUUCCUUGCAGACCAAGCGAGCUUGAGAGGAUUUUAAUGGAAGAAACUAGCUCAUCAUCAUCAUCGCCCUCAUCAUCAUCAAGAUCAAGGGUUGAUGAUUACCAAACCAAUUGGAGUUCUUCACGUACUACUACAAGAACCAUGGUGACAUCCUGUUAAAUACUCUUUCCGUCCCAGAAAAAAUUCCAUAUAAUAACUUGUAAACUGCAUUAAAAACAGUACCAUUUAUAAUUUACAAUGUGGACUAUUUUUCAGGACAUAAAGAGAUUUUUUUAAAAAAAAUUUUUGAGUUUGUUAAUGUAGUAAUAGUAUACAUGUAUGAUGCAUGUGAUUGAGAUAACCUCCUAUAAUCUCAACGAGGUGCAUUUUUUUCAUCCUUUUUUCCCUUUCAUUAAUUGAUAUGCAAAUAUAUUAAUCCCUCUCAAUUAUAUUCAAUUUUGUGUACAAAUGGUGCAAAAAGAAAUAGUAUUUAAUUCAAGUUAUUUCCAUUUUUACAUAUUCUCCUAUGUUUUCUUUGAAUUCCAUCUUUCAGUUCUUAAUAAAGAACCUAAUCAAGGCUUGUGCAUUGUAACUUGUUAGUACUCCUUUCGUUCUAUUUAAUAAUCCAUUUUUUUCUCAAAAAAGUAAUAAUAUAACAACUAGAUUAUUCAAGUAAGAGGGACGGAAAUAUAGUUCAAUUUAUUUAUCUUAAAGACCUAAGGGCUUUCCCAUUUUCUUGGAGUUGAAAAAUUCAUGUAUUUUUCUACAUUUGCUUGUUGUUAUAACUUGGGAAAUUCAAAUAGCAA